AUGAGUCUCCUGGGGCGGGUAGCUGUGCAUCGUGCCAGGAAAGCCGCCCUGCUCUGUGUAGUCUUCCUGAUGGCGCGAGCGUGGAGCAGCGCCUCCCCGGCCUUGGCGGGGGCGGCGGUGUCUCAAGGACCCCAGGGCUGUCCACCGCAGUGUUCCUGCAGUAAUCAGCAGGGGAAGGUGGUGUGCACCCGACGUGGCCUCACCCGUGUGCCCCCCGGCAUUCCUGCCAACACGCGACACCUCAAUCUAAUGGAAAACGCCAUCGAGGCGGUGCAGGCUGACUCCUUUCGCCACCUGCACCACCUUGAGGUGCUCCAGCUUGGGCGAAAUGCCAUACGUCAGAUUGAGGUGGGCGCAUUUAAUGGACUCACCAGCCUCAACACACUGGAGCUGUUUGACAACCGGUUGACGGUGGUGCCUAGUGGGGCCUUUGAGUACCUGUCUAAACUGAGAGAACUGUGGCUGAGGAACAACCCAAUUGAGAGUAUCCCCUCCUAUGCCUUCAACCGGGUGCCCUCCCUCAUGCGACUGGACCUGGGAGAGUUAAGGAAACUGGAGUACAUCUCAGAAGGAGCUUUUGAGGGCCUACAAAACCUCAAGUACCUCAACCUGGGCAUGUGCAACAUAAGAGGUGAUAUGCCAAACCUGAGUCCCCUCAAGGGCCUGGAAGAACUGGAGAUAUCUGAAAAUCACUUCCCAGAGAUAAAGCCAGGCUCCUUCAAAGGCCUGCGCUCGCUGAAAAAGCUAUGGGUGAUGAACUCACAAAUCACAGUGAUAGAGCGCAAUGCUUUUGACGACUUAUCUUCAUUGGUGGAGCUUAAUCUCGCCCAUAAUAAUCUGAGCGCUGUGCCACAUGAUCUGUUCUCCCCGCUCAGGUACCUGGUGGAGCUCCAUCUCCACCAUAACCCUUGGACCUGUGGCUGUGAGGCUGUUUGGUUAGCACGCUGGCUAAGGGAGUACAUCCCUACUAACUCAACUUGCUGUGGACGCUGUCACUCCCCUGCCAGCAUGAGAGGUCGACAGUUGGUUGAGGUGGACAGAGGAGAGGGUGCUGCAGUACAGUGUUCUGCACCAUUCAUUGCUGAUGCGCCAAGGGACUUGAACAUCUCAGCAGGGCGAGUGGCUGAGCUUCGAUGCCGCACGGCCCCAAUGUCUUCAGUCCGCUGGCUACUACCCAACGGGACUAUCCUGACACAUGCCUCUAGCCACCUGAGAAUAUCAGUCCUCAAUGAUGGUACUCUUAAUUUCUCAAAUGUCCUUGCAGCAGACACAGGCACUUACACCUGCAUGGUGUCCAAUGCAGCUGGGAACUCCAACGCCUCAGCCUACCUCAAUGUGAGUGCAGCUGAGCUUAAUACAUCCAACUUGAGUUACUUUACCACAGUGACUGUGGAGGUCUUGGGGCCAACCACUGAGAUGCCCAAACCUAAAACCCCAACAACCACAGCUGCUGCUGCAGGAGCUGGGGUAGCUGGAGGAGGAGGAGUAGGCCUAGGGACAACAACUACAACUGCCUCUCCUUCCGUGUUUCAGCCAGUCUUCAUCUCCACACCAACUGUGCUGCUGCAAAGCACUGACAGCCCACCAGGUGCAGCUAAGCCAUCUGUGGCGCCAGGACUCCAAGGUGCCACUGGCAAGCCAGGCAAGUCUGGUCCUAGCCUGGAUGAAGUGAUGAAGACUACCAAGAUCAUAAUAGGCUGCUUUGUGGCAGUGACACUGUUGGCUGCUGUCAUGCUCAUUGCCUUCUACAAAUUGAGAAAGCGCCACCAGCAAAGGAGCACAGUGGCAGCUGCCCGCACUGUGGAGAUUAUCCAGGUGGAUGAGGAGGACCUUCCACCACCAGCGUCUGCAGCUCAAGAGACAGCUCUCACAUUGCCUGAAAUUCGGGACCAUAACAGCAUACACAAACUGGACUUUAUCAGCCACAAGACUGACUACAGCUUUCACAAACCCAAGGCCGAAUACAAAUCCCAGCCUGAUUUCACCCUUCAUAAGCCAAAGGCUGAGUACACCACAUAUAAGCCAAAUAUGGACUUCAGUAGCCACAAAUCCAUCCCAGAUUACAGCACUCACAAAUCUACACCAGAUUUCAGCCUUCAUAGACCAAAGCCUGACUACAGCCCAUUCAGACAGGACUACAGCACUCACAAACCUAAAGGAGAAUACAGCCCAUUCAAACCAGACUUUGGAACUCACCCCAAAGCUAAAACGGACUACAGCCCCUUCAAAACAGAUUACAGCACUCAUCCUAAACCUAAGGCUGAAUACAGUCCAUUCAAACCCGACUUUGGCACUCACCCAAGACUUAAACCUGAUUACAGCCCAUUUAAGCCUGACUAUAGCACUCAACCUAAACCCAAAACAGACUACAAUGCCCAGAGAUCUAAAACUGACUUUACCUACAAACCCAAGGACCCUUACGCCCCACAUAAGACUGCAACCGAUUACAGCGCCUUCAAGACUGACUUCAGCCCCCACAAAGCGGAUUACAGCGCCUUCAAGUCUGACUUUAGUCCACACACUCAGAGACCUAAACUUGAUUACAGUCCACACAAAAUGGACUACAGCCCCCAUAAAGUGGACUACAGCACUCUAAAGCCUAAAUAUAACACCUAUAAACCAACUGGCCAUGGGGCUAAAUGGACAGACAACAAUGUUGGGAACUCUUUGCCUCGAACCUUGCCCAGCACCAUCACAGCAAUGGCUGAGCCCUUUGUCAUAAAAACUCACACCAAGGAGAAGGUACAGGAGACUCAGAUUUAA